AUGACGAGCGAGUCGCUCGACAGCGCUCGACCAAAAUCAGUAUCCACUGGGCCGCAGCCGGGUUUGGGCUCAAAGAUCCGGAGCACCCUCGCGCUGCCGGUCGGAGGAGCGAACGCCGAUGGAAGGCUCCUCGGAGAGAGACUCAUGGGUUCGAGUCUCCGACCUUCGACCAGCGGUGAAAUUGCAAACUAUGCAGGGCAAUGCAAGCCCGUUCCAGUCCCGCUUCCAAGCAGAUUCUGA